ACACGUGUGGCAGGGAGUAUGACUGGCACCCUCUCCAGCCCCUCCCACAGCCCUUCCCUCCCUCCUCAGUCAGGGGGGAUCAGCUUCUGGAGGGACAGACAGAGAGAGGCACCGCGGCUGCUGUUCAGGUGCCCGCUGCAGCCAGGAUGCCCCGCGUCCCCUGCUCUGCCCUCCUGCUCUGGGGGCUCCUGGGGACCCUCCAGGCCCAGCAACAGGAGGCUGUGUCCCCUGAUGCUACCAUCAGCAGGGGUUGCCCAGAGAAGGCCGACUGCCCUGUGCACGUGUACCUGGUGCUGGACACGUCGGAGAGCGUGGCCAUGCAGCCGCCGAUGGACGGGCUGCUGCUGCACAUGCAGGAGUUUGUGCAGCAGCUGAGCAGCCAGCUGCAGGACGAGCUGUACCGGGGCCGCGUGGCCCUCAGCUGGCGGCUGGGCGGCCUGCACUUCUCGGACCAGGUGGAGGUGUUCAGCCCCGCGGGCAGCGACCACGCGGCCUUCCUGGCGGGGCUGCGGGGCGUGCGCUCCUUCCGCCGCGGCACCUUCACAGACUGCGCGCUGGCCAACGCCACCCGGGAGCUGCGGCCGCUGGCCGCGCAGGGCGCCGUGACCUUCGUGCUGGUGCUGACCGACGGCCACGUGACGGGCAGCCCCUGUGGCGGCGUCAGGCUGCAGGCCGAGCGGGCGCGGGAGGCCGGGCUGCGGCUGUUCGCGGUGCCUCCGGGGCGGCGGCGGCAUGAGCCCGGGCUGCGCGAGCUGGCCAGCACCCCCCUGGAGCUGUACCGCAGCGACUACGCCACCAUGCGGCCCGACUCUGAGAUCGACCAGGACACCAUCGACCGCAUCAUCAGGGUCAUGAAACAUGAAGCCUAUGGAGAGUGUUACACAGUGAGCUGCCUGGAGAUCCCCGGGCCGCCCGGCCCCAAGGGCUACCGAGGACAGAAGGGUGCCAAGGGCAACAUGGGGGAACCUGGAGAGCCCGGCCAGAAGGGGCGCCAGGGGGACCCCGGCAUUGAAGGCCCCAUCGGAUUUCCAGGACCCAAGGGUGUGCCUGGUUUCAAAGGAGAGAAGGGUGAAUUUGGAGCUGAUGGCCGGAAGGGAGCCUCUGGCCUGGCUGGCAGGAACGGAACAGAUGGGCAGAAGGGCAAGCUGGGACGCAUCGGACCUCCUGGCUGCAAGGGCGACGUGGGGAGCCGGGGAGCUGAUGGAUACCCCGGGGAGGCGGGCAGUCCUGGGGAGCCCGGAGACCGUGGAGCCAAGGGGGACCCUGGCCGACCUGGACGCAGAGGGCCCCCAGGGGAGAGCGGGGCCAAAGGCAGCAAGGGUUACCAGGGCAACAGUGGAGCUCCAGGCAGCCCAGGCGUGAAAGGAGCCAAAGGUGGACCUGGGCCCCGAGGACCCCGAGGCGAGCAUGGCCGCAGGGGGGACCCCGGGACCAAGGGCAGCCCAGGCAGCGAUGGCCCCAAGGGGGAGAAGGGUGAUCCUGGCCCUGAGGGGCCCCGAGGCCUGGCUGGAGAGGUUGGCAGCAAAGGGUCCAAGGGAGACCGUGGUGUGCCUGGACCCAGGGGACCCCAGGGAGCUCUCGGGGAACCUGGGAAGCAGGGGUCUAGGGGAGACCCCGGGGACACGGGUCCCCGUGGAGACUCAGGACAACUUGGCCCCAAGGGAGACCCUGGAAGGCCUGGAUUCAGCUACCCUGGCCCCCGAGGAGAGCCCGGAGAGAAAGGCGAACCAGGUCCCCGUGGCCCUGAGGGAGGAAGAGGAGGCUUUGGCCUGAAAGGACAGCCGGGAAGGAAAGGAGACAAGGGAGAGCCUGCGGAUCCUGGGCCGCCCGGAGAGCCGGGCCCGAGGGGUCAGAGAGGAGCCCCAGGACCUGAGGGAGAACCAGGACCCCCUGGAGACCCCGGGCUCACGGAGUGUGAUGUCAUGACCUACGUGCGUGAGACUUGUGGCUGCUGUGACUGCGAGAGGCGCUGUGGAGCCCUGGACGUGCUGUUCGUCAUCGACAGCUCCGAGAGCAUUGGCUACACCAACUUCACGCUGGAGAAGAACUUCGUCAUCAGCGUGGCCAACAGGCUGGGCGCCAUGGCCAAGGACCCCAAGGCAGACACCGGCACGCGCGUCGGCGUGGUGCAGUACAGCCAUGAGGGCACCUUCGAGGCCAUCCAGCUGGACGACCCUCGCAUCAACUCCAUGUCCAGCUUCAAGGAGGCCGUCAAGAACCUGGAGUGGAUCGCAGGCGGCACCUGGACGCCCUCGGCCCUCAAGUUCGCGUACGACCGGCUUCUCAAGGAGAGCCGGCGCCACGGCACACGCGUCUUCGCCAUGGUCAUCACGGACGGGCGGCACGACCCUCGGGACGACGACCAGAACCUGCAGGCGCUGUGCGGCCAGGACGUGACGGUCACGGCCAUCGGCAUUGGGGACAUGUUCCACGAGCAGCACGAGAGCGAGAACCUGGCCUCCAUCGCCUGCAACCAGCCCCAGAACGUGCACAACAUGACACUCUUCUCAGACCUGGUGGCCGAGAAGUUCAUCGAUGACAUGGCCGACAGACUGUGCCCCGACCCCCAGAUCGUGUGCCCAGACCUGCCCUGCCAAACAGAACUGGCGGUGGCGCAGUGUACACAGAGGCCCGUGGACGUGGUCUUCCUGCUGGACGGCUCAGAGCGGCUGGGCGAGCGUGGCUUCCGGGCGGCACUGGGCUUCGUGGAGGCGGUGGCUGGGCGGCUGACCUUGGCGCGGGGCGCGGCUGACGCCCUCAACGCUCGCCUGGCGCUGCUGCAGUUUGGGGGUCUGGGGCAGCAGCAGGUGGCCUUCCCGCUGACCCACAACCUGACUGUCGUGCGGGAGGGGCUGGCGGCCGCGCGCUACCUGGACGCCUCCUCGCAGGUGGGCGCGGGCAUCGUGCACGCGGUCAACCAGCUGGUGCGGCCGGGCCGCGGGGGCGCGAGGCGCCACGCCGAGCUGGCCUUUGUCUUCCUCACCGACGGCGUGACCGGCCGACUGGGCCUGGACGAGGCUCUGGGCGCCAUGCGCAAGGAGAACGUGGUGCCCGCUGUGGUGGCCGUGGGCGGUGAUGAGAACCGCGAGGUACUGGCCGCCCUCAGCCUGGGGGACGCGGGUGCCGUGUUCCGCGAAGACACCUUUGACGCGCUGCUGCAGCCCCGCUUCCUCGACACGUUCGUCCGCUGGAUCUGCUAGACCCGGCCCAGCCCGUGGCCCUUGGGGUCCCUGCAGCCCCCUGCUCAGCCCAAGGGGUCCCCGGUGCCCACAGUCCCUGGUCCCCCCGGCCCCUGUCCCCAGAUCAGCCUCAGGGUCCCGGGCAGCUCGGUCCUGGCCUCCCAUCCUCACCUGUCCCCCAGUCAGCCCCAGGGUCCCCGGGCCUUCGGUCCUGCCCCCCAUCCCCUGUCCCCACCAGGUUAACCCCAGGGCCCCCAGCCUUCGGUCCUGACCCCCCAUCCCCACCUGCUCCCCAGCUCAAACCGAGGUCCCCAGCCCCACAGUUCCGGUCCCCUGCCUCCCAGCUUGGCCCAUGGAGUCCCCGGUAUCCCUGUUCUCAUUGUCCCCCACCUCCCCACCAGGCUCAGCCCGCAGGGUUCCCAAUGCCCUGUCCCCAGCCCCUGCCCUGCCAGCUGGUGCCACCCCUUCACCUCUGUCCUCCAUCACCAUGUCCCUGGCCAGCCUCAGCUGUGAGCACAGACCCUGUCCCACCCUCCUAGCCCUAAUAAAGGUUCUGAGCCACCA